AUGUGUGUGUGUGUGUGUGUAUGUGUGUGUGUGUGUGUGUUUGUGUGUGUGUGUGUGUGUGUGCAUGUGUGUUUGUGUGGGAGGGGGAGGAGGUGUGUGUAUGUGUGUGCCUCUCUCCAAUCGGAUUUGUGUGCUGUUGCUGACAGGGAUUUGUCUUCGCUCUUAAUCGUACGCAAGGACCUCCCCAGCGACUUGACCCUACUUUCUACACUCACCUUAUUAUCGAUGGAUAAGAACCUGCUGGACGGCAACAUGGGGAACUACCUCAAGUAUCUCACGGGCCUCUCCGCCCUCCAAAGCUUGUGA